AUGUUGUUGUUUCCAGGAGUUGAGAAGUCCCUGAGUCUUGUUGUAAAUGACAGUUUUUUCCUAAGAUUCAACACGACUAGUUUGAAUGAGUCCAUUGGGCUUCCUGGAAUGUUUUCUACAUUUUCGAGGCCUCACUUGUUGGUUUUAAGGUCUUUAGCAAUUGCUUCUUCUGUGUCUUCUAUUAUUGCGGGCUUCAUUGGUAUUCAUUUGUUGACGUUUAUAGAUAGCCGAAGAAAGGUAUUUCGUCAUCAUAUGUUGUUGUUUUUGAUUUUUUUUGACUUGUUGAAAGCUUUGGUAUUAUUGGUUUACCCGGUAUUGCUACUUAUAUGGGACAAUGUUUAUACGAGACCCGGGCUACUUGGUGCAAUGGGUUGGCUAACAGCGUAUGCAAUUGAGGGCGCGGAUAUUGCAAUUGUUAUAUUUGCUAUACAUUUUGCACUAUUGAUAUUCAAACCUUCAUGGAAAUGGGUAAAUGAGACAACAGGAAACGUGGAAGGUGGAUUUUAUGGCUGGAGGCGUUUUAUGUAUCCAUUGGCUGGUGUGCUACCGAUGCUUUUAGCAAGUAUUGCAUUUAUCAAUUUUGAAGAUGUUUACUACUUUUCAAGGCCGUUAAAUGUGGUAUUAGAUAAUAACAGUUUUCACUUUCCACUGCAGCCUAGAGUUGGCGGGUAUAAACCACUCAGUGUAUGGUGUUAUUUACCUCCUUAUCCUUACUGGUACAAGUUGGUUUUGUCCUGGGGUCCUCGAUAUGUCAUAUUUGUCUCCAUCUGUGGCAUAUACAUCAGCAUCUAUAUAUAUGUCUCGCAGAAGAGCAAAAAGCUUAAGAAAGAAUUCAGAGAAUUUAGGAGAAGAAAUUCUGACAGCGGAGAGCAUUCAUCGGUUGCUCCACUUAUUGGGAAAGGCUCUUUUCGUCAUAAGUUGCAAUACAUCAAGCAGAGGCUUCGCCUAAAGUCUUUAAUAAAGGAUAUACGAAAUUUCGUACUUAUUAUUUCAGAGGAGAACGAAGCGGAUCGUCACCCAAACUUUAAUGGCAAAGGAUUGAAUUCCUACGAUCAAGAGACAAAUCCAACUGCGGCCUUCAAGAACACAUCGAAUCCGCCUGAGAACUAUAAUUUAUGGGCAACAUGUCCACCUUCACAGAGGAGUAUGUUGGUAAAAAGUCCUCCCCAUGAGAACCUUCAGUUAGAAAAUCCCAAUGCGACGAGACCUGCGUCUGCUGGAACUUCUGUUGCACGGCCAUCUCAACUUAGUAGCCCACCAAUUUCUGCGAACCCUCCUUCCUCAGACUCUAAUCCGCUAGCAAAGUAUUUGCAACCAAAAUUACCACCAAUAUCGCAAUCUUUGUCGGAUCUAGAGGGUUUGCCAGAUUUUAGUUUAGCAGAGCCAGACAUUUCAGCUUUUCCUCCGUCGUUGGAGGGCCCUGAUUUUACCGGUCAUCGGGUACAUCCUACAGUGAUAAAUCUAAAAGAUGUCGGGAGGGAGUUCCACAGAGAAACAUACCAAGAGUUCAAGCUCAGGAGAAGUCAGAUCAGGAGACAAUUAAAAGCGAUAUUCAUAUAUCCAUGUGCUUAUUUACUCCUAUGGAUCUUUCCUUUCAUUGUUGACUGUACACAAUAUCGCCGUGAGAUGCGCGUAGGGCCGCUGGUUUGGCUUGCUUUUGUAUCUGCAUUUAUGCAGCCAUUAAACUGCGUGGUUGAUGUGCUAGUCCUUAGUUACAGGGAAAGGCCAUGGCGUUACUCUUGGUCCUGCAUUGAAAGACAAAAGCUUUUGAACAAAUAUAUAUUGAAGGGUGAAAUAGGUGAAAAUAUAAUUAUGGAGCUUGCUUCAAGCAAGGCGGGUAGGCAAGGCUGGUAUUACCGCGGAAAGUGGAUGAAGUUGGAGUGUUGGAAGCACAAACCAGAACGUUGGAAACAGAUUUGUUGGUAUAUUUUGAGAACCUUCAAAGGCAUAUUUAAAUUCAAAUUAGAUUACAAUGAUAAUUGCGACGAUUGGGCAUAUUGGAAUGACUAUUAUAGAGGGAAGGAAGGGUGCAAUAACACAGAACAUUCUACUUCUGAGCAAGGUGCCACUGGUCCUCCCCAAGAACGGGCUGCUGCACAACAGCCCGAUUUGACGAAUGUUAUUAAAGUCCCAAUUUGGUGGCGAAUCAUUCACUUCUCUCCUAUGAUGAGGGGCAUAGACCUUGAUGAUUUGGACAGAGAGAUCAGAUUACGAAGCGAAGAAAACAAUAUUAUCGGUCCUAACGUCCAGUUCAUGGGUAAUUAUCAACAUAACGACAGUCACGUAUCUUCGAGAGAUUACUUGCCUAUUACAUCUGCAAGACUUGAACAAAACAAUAGACAACUACCUGGCAACGAUUAUCUAACUUUGGAACCACCGAAAAGGAUUCCUUUAGCAAAUGGACAGUCAAAUUCUGCAUACCUAGAUGGUAGAUCGUUUGCCUCGAAUACAAACGUUAGCGGCUCUGAAGUUUCCCACAGUAAUCUCCCUGGGAUCGCAUAUGAUUCAGACAACCAUUCUGUAUCGGAUACGGAAAGUCGCAAAAUAGACAUACUGGACUUCUUGAAAGGUUAA